AUGUCUUCGAUAACAAUUGGUGACAGUGAUGUUGGUUCCUCAGUGAAUACGGCCAGUUAUGACGCUGCUGUAAUGAAUGGAAAAGCUAUUGCAAACAACGUAAAAUUGAAAGCUCAACUCGAUUCUGAUAUAUCCUUCAAAAAACAAAAUAUUCAAAUCAAAGAUGAGCAUACAAAUGUAGAAAAUCGUUCCGAUACAAAAUCGGCAAAUUUGAAGUUCGAUUUUGGUGAUUUGUUAUCAGAACUGAGGUCGGAGCUCUCAUCUAAGCGUUUAGAAGAAGAAAAAAUUUUAAAGAAUAUUGAUGAGAUUUUGGAAAAAACUAUCGCUAACAAUGGUGGAACUGAUAUUUCACGACCAUUUAAUUUCGCUGUUACGCGUUUAAAUAACCAAAUGACUCUUGUCGAGUCGGACGCCAAACAGUUAGCGAACAAAUUAAAAAUGAUAUCUGGAUUGGCGGAUAAUAUUUCUUCUAAAGUAUCUACGCUGGAUAUUGCAAAAAGUCGCGUUGUUGAAUGUAUGCAGCGAGUAAGUGAUUUAAUGGAUUUACGGACAUGUGCACAAGGUGUUAAUGCAGCAAUGGAUCAAGAAGAUUAUGAAUUAGCUGCUCAACAUAUUCAUAAAUUUCUAACCCUUGAUACUGCUGUGUUUCAAAUGGGUGAUCAAAUUGAAGCCAAAGAUACGGGUCAGUCUAUGAAGGUCAAUUAUGAAGUUUUAAGGGAAGCAACAGAGAAAUUAAAAGCUAUCGUUGAAUCAAAGUUUGACGAGGCUGUGGCAAAAAAUGAUGUGGCAUCCAUACAACGAUUUUUUAAAUUAUUCCCUCUAAUAAAUGAUCAUAUGAAUGGUGUUACUCGUUUCGCAAACUACUUAUGUCUCGAAAUUCAGAAAUUUGCUGAAAAAAAUUAUAAGGUCAUGUUGGCCGGUGGCACUGAUGAUAAGCGAUCGAAUGUUCUUUAUGCUGACUCACUCACUAUGUUAUUUGAAGGAAUUGCUCGAGAAAUUCAAGUCUACGAGCCACUAAUUGAUUCAUUUUAUGGUCCUGAUAAACUUUUGUCAUUAAUUGAGAUGUUACAGAAGGAAUGUGAUAAGGAAUCUUGUAAAAUAAUAGCAGCGUUUAUUAAAAAUCGCCAAUAUGAUACUAAAGCAAAAUUAAUCGAAAAAUUUUCAAGGAAUCGUGAUAAUUAUAAUCCGUCAGAAAAAAUAAAUGCCUUAGAAUUGGAUACAAUUUUGUCAGAAGUAACAUUAAUGCAUACACGUGCGGAACUUUAUUGGCGUUAUUUGAAGAGACGUCUUAAUGCCGCUAAUAUAAAAACUGAUGAACAGAGGGCAAAUGCUGUCAGCCAUUUUUCUGAAGAAGAAGCAGUGAAGUCUAAUAAAGCAACUGCAUUGCAAAAAGAUGAUAGAGACAGAAAAUUGGAUAAUCUUUUAAAUCGUUCAGCUUUAGGAACAAAAAUGCAGGAGUUACUUGGACGUUAUAUUCUUAUGGAAGAAUAUUAUAUGAAAGAAUCUUUGUCAAAAGCUAUGGCAAUGGACCAAAGGGAAUCGGAUUCACUUACGAGUUCAAUGUUGGAUGAUGUGUUUUUCAUUUUACGAAAAUGCAUUCGACGCUCAUUAAGUUCAUCAUCUGUUGAUUGUGUAUGUGCUAUGUUGAACAAUGGUGCCACUGCAUUAGAAAUUGAAUUUUUCAAUUAUAUUAACACUGGGAUUAAGAAUGGUUAUCCAAGUGUUGGUUGGACUGCUGAAGCUUAUCAAACUGCACAAACAGCGUAUAAUGUUAUUCAGCAUGGUAAAACAGUUUCAGAUGCUGGUCCGGAAAAGCAAAAAGAAGUUUUUCUCACAGCGCUAAACAACAUGCGUGCUUCUGUGGAUUGUAUCAAGACACUUAAUAAAGGGCUUUUGGAAGAUUUUGAAAAACAUCUUAAUCAGGUCACUGCGACAGGCCAAUUCGAUGAUCUGAUUCGUAAAUUUAAUAAUGCAGCCAAUAUAGGAGUCGAAAAAUUAUGUAUUGUUGCUUUUAGGCCUAAAAUCAAAUCAAGUACCGAAGCUUUUUUGAAUGUCACUCAUACUCCAACAGAGAAUGAAUUUGCUGAUUUUAUCGCUGUAGAUCCGUUCAUGGAUAAUUUUAUUGCUUCUCUUGAUAUUUUGCUGGUCUCAUUUGAGCCAUUGCUUGUCCGAGCAAAUUAUCAGGAAUUGCUCGCGGCGGUAUGUUCAGAAAUUUGCCGCCAAAUAGAACGAGUCAUACAUAAAAGUGUCUUUAAUCGACUUGGCGGCAUACAGUUGGAUAAGGAUUUUCGUUCUCUUAUUUCUUAUCUAACAGGAACAGCUGGUUGGAUUGUUAGAGAAAGAAGUAUUAGGCUUUCACAGAUUGUUUCGUUAAUCAAUGUUGAUAGCGUUGAAGAAGCAGUUGAAUAUUAUCAACAAUUGCAACAUACGCGAUUGGUGGGAAGUGAUGAGGCAAAAAAAAUAUUGGCCUUGAGAACUGAUUUAUCGCCUCAUUCCAUAAGCACUGCAAUUUUUGAUUGA